AUGAAUAAGCUAGAAGCUUCUAGCGAUCUGCAGGAAGUCGUGAAAGUCCAGGCCAUGUCGACCAUGGAAGAAUUCUCUCAUAUAUCCCGCCGUGUUUAUCAAGAUUUGGGUCGUGUGCAAGAGUUUUAA